AUGACCGCAGAAAGCCAGCAAUCUCCAUCUACAGCUACCUCGGCUGGGACAAGUCUGCAACAGGCCAGUAACUUUACCAUGCCAGUGGUCAAAGUAGAGAAGGAUCCAGCAACAGAUUCCAGUGUUUCUGUAGAUCAGCCAGAAACAGACGACACACCCAAGGGACGGAGAAGAAAAAGACCCCUGCAGAGAGGAAAACCCCCAUACAGUUACAUAGCCCUCAUAGCUAUGGCCAUCGCACAUUCCUCUGAUCGCAAACUGACCUUAGGUGGCAUCUACAAAUUUAUUACUGAGAGGUUCCCCUUUUAUAGGGACAAUUCGAAAAAAUGGCAGAACUCCAUCAGACACAACCUUACCCUUAAUGACUGUUUCAUAAAAAUCCCUAGGGAGCCAGGGAGGCCUGGGAAAGGCAACUACUGGGCAUUAGAUCCAAAUGCAGAAGACAUGUUUGACAGCGGAAGUUUCCUCAGGAGGAGAAAAAGGUUCAAGAGGACUGACCUCACCACCUACCCUUCCUACCUACACGACACAAGUAUGUUCCCAGCUUUACAAGUUGCAAGACCAACUUACCCCAACUCUGUGUAUUCCAACAUGACCAUGAACCCCAGCUAUGGCCAACAAAUCACCCCUCAUUCUUCAGUCUACUACCCAUCUUCUUCACCUGCCUUCAGCUCUGGUCAGUCUCGGGUAUUUAGCAUCAAUACAUUAAUAGGACAUUCCAGUAGUUCUGAACAUUCUCAACAGGGGAACAGGUCUAUCAGCCCAGACGUUAAUCCCUCCAGCACCAGCUCAUGCACCUAUGGUGGUGCUAAUUAUAAUAGCCAAGUCGGGGGAGGCUCUGUGCUGCCGAGAGCAGCCAACCCAGUUGCCUACCCGUACUCAGUUCCCAAUGGGCAUCUGCAAAUGAAUCAAAAUUCCUACACGCAUGGUAACAGCCAAUUGUUUGGAGCAUCUAGCAGGCUACCCAUGCCCACAUCACCCGCACUAAAUAGUGACACUAUGGAUUUUUAUGGGAGAAUGUCUCCAGGCCAAUAUACCUCACUCACUACAUACAACAGCAAUGGCCAGCUGGGUGGAACAAAUGCUUAUCUCAGACAUGCCACAUAUUCUGGGAAUAUGGAGAGGUUUGUAUCUGCAGUUUGA